GCGAGCAGCAGCGAGCCGACCUGCUGCAGUUGUGUGAGGGCGCCGCUGGGUGAGUCCCUCUCUCCGCCGCCUCUGUCUCCACAGCUCCCUUUUCCCAAAGAAAAGAAGAGGAGAACUAGGUCCGGGGAGGAGGGCCCGCCGCCAUUAUCGGAAAGCUGGCAGAAAAUAUCACUUUCACACACGCAAUCUGCCCAUAAAUCGACCAGGACGUGAACAGUUUGUGUUGCAGCAGAAGCAGAUUUCAGACGAAACAAGGCGAUUGCAACAAACUCACCGUUGUCUGGUGUGCUCGACCGGCCCAGCAUUAUGUGGGCACAACAAUGGACAGAAUAAUUAUUGAAAAAGCAACGUGGUGAACGGAGAAGAAGACGGCUAAGCAGAUUUUUUUUGUACGCCUGAAUUUCUUAUAAGGGAAAAAAAAGAACCCUUGCGAGAACAAAAAAUUGGAUCGUUUUAUUAUUUUGGAUAUUUAUUUCUUCCUUUGGCGUGUUUAAUUGCAACGCAGACAGUGAUGCUAAGCAGGAGAAUGCAGGAAUGGGUAGCGGAUAUUUAAAUCCAAUAACCCUAUCGCUCAAACUGUAGUAUUAUCAGGAUCAGCUGUGAAUUGAGGCGACCCACAGUGUAUUCUGCGGCUUUAUGCUCAUGCACAUCAGUCGGCGAGGGCUGCGGCAAGAGCUGGCCUGACAGAUGCAAGAGGAGAAAGGGAGAAAUGCGAUGGAUCUGACUCACAUAAGGAAUGAAUGAAAGAACCCCAGCACUUUUUUUAAUGUUGAUAGCCUGCAGAAGAAACUGAAAUCUGAUCUCCUCUGCGGAUCAGCAACUUUAUGGACAAACAUACAAGUGAACUCCUUUAUACAGUGCCUGUUUAUGGCAGGAUGAGCGUCAGAAGACUAUGAUGGCGAAAAAGCAAGAUGUCCGAUCACCCAUUUACAACCUCAUUGUGGUGGGUUUGUCAGGCACAGAGAAAGAGAAGGGGCAAUGUGGGGUUGGAAAGUCCUGCUUGUCUAAUAGGUAUGUACGGCCUAGUGCUGAUGACUUCUACCUGGACCACACAUCAGUGUUGAGCACCAGUGACUUUGGGGGUCGAGUGGUUAAUAAUGAUCACUUUCUGUUUUGGGGAGAGGUUUCACGGGUUCUGGAGGAGGGGCCCGAGUGCAGAAUGCAUGUUGUGGAGCAAACAGAGUUCAUUGAUGACCAGACAUUUCAGCCACACCGUAGCACUGCUAUGCAGCCCUAUAUCAAACGGGCAGCCGCAACCAAGCUGGCGUCAGCAGAGAAGCUCAUGUACUUCUGCACAGAUCAGCUGGGCCUGGAGCAAGACUUUGAGCAAAAACAAAUGCCUGAGGGCAAGCUGCAGGUUGAUGGUUUCCUGCUAUGUGUUGAUGUCAGCAGGGGCAUGAACCGCAACUUUGAUGACCAGCUGAAAUUUGUCACAAACCUAUAUGGUCAGCUUAGCAAGACUAAGAAGCCCAUUGUGCUGGUCCUCACUAAAUGUGAUGAAGGAGUUGAGCGCUAUAUCAAAGAUGCACAUACCUUUGCUAUCACUAAGAAGAGUCUACCAGUAGUUGAGACAUCUGCACGCUCAAAUAUAAAUGUGGACCUUGCCUUCCUCUCUUUGGUUCAACUUAUCGAUAAGAGCAGGGGCAAGCCCAAGAUCAUUCCUUACUUUGAAGCCCUAAAGCUCCAGAGUCAGCAGAUAGCUUCUGCUAAGGAUCGCUAUGAAUGGUUAAUCAACCGUAUAGUAAAGAAUCAUAAUGAAACCUGGUUAAACACCAGUCGACGGAUGAACACCUCCCCAGAGUACAAAGAAUACGUCUUCUUGGAGGGAACGGCUAAAUGCAAGAAGCUUUUUCAACAGCAUGUGUACCGUCUGAAGCAAGAACAUAUUGAGAGACGUCGAAAAAUAUACUUGAGCACUCUUCCUUUAGCACUUAGUUCCUUGGUGCCUGACUUGGAUGAAAUAGAUCAGCUGAGCUGGUCUGGGGUACAGAAGGUUCUAGAGUCCAAGCAGCACUUUGCCCACUGGUUUGUUGUUCUGGAGGACUCUCCAUGGGAGGAUACAUCUCACAUUGACAACAUGGAGGAUGAGCGAAUCCCUUCAGACCUACUGGAGACUGGAGAAGCAGAGGAUAUAUUUAAUGCCCACCUGGAACAUUUGCGUAAUGAGUGCAGACGGGCAGAGAUGAGGCUGGAGUUUAAACACAAGUUAGCUUCUUCUCCCUUUGUCACACCUGGUAAACCUUGGGAGGAAGCCCGCAGCUUUAUCAUGAAUGAAGAGUUCUACCAGUGGCUUGAGGAGCCUGAGUACUUGGACCUGUACAACCGACAUCAGAAGGAGAUCAUUGACCGUGCUAAAGAAGACUUCCAGGAGCUCUUACUGGAGUACUCUGAGCUUUUUUAUGAGCUUGAGGUGGAUGCCAAGCCAAGCAAGGAGAAGAUGGGGGCAAUUCAGGAAGUGUUAGGGGAAGAACAGAGGUUCAAGACACUACAAAAGCUUCCAGCUGAAAGAGAUGCUCUAGUGUUGAAGCAUAUCCACUUUGUCUAUCACCCUACGAAGGAGACCUGCCCAAGCAGUCCUCACUGUGGAGACUUUAAGAUUGAACAAAUGUUAGUUUCACGUUUCCCCACAUGUUACCCCUUUUUUGAUGUGAAAGCUCAUUUUGGGGAUACCAAGGCUGACAGAAUUAACCUUGUCAUACUGGGGAAGGAUGGACUGGCCAGAGAAUUUGCCAAUGAGAUAAGAGCUCUCUGCACAAAUGAUGACUGGUAUGUGUUAGAUGGGAAGAUGUAUGAGUUGACGCUGCGACCUAUUGAGGGAAAUGUACGUCUUCCAGUAAAUUCCUUCCACACCCCGACUUUCACCCCUCAUGGAUGUCUGUGUCUGUAUAAUUCAAAAGAGUCCCUCUCCUAUGUGGUUGAAAGCCUUGAACGACUUAGAGAAUCAACUCUAGGUCGAAGGGAUAGCCAGCUAGCACAGCUGCCAACAUCACUGCUUUUAGUCACUAAAAGAGGUGUAGGAUCAUAUGUGGAUAUUGGUGGAGAAACUGCCUUAAACCUAAUAACACAGGGACAGCAGGUUGCAAGGAGACUACAGUGUAGCUUCUUAGACCCUGCCUCCCCUGGUGUGGGCUAUGGCCAUAACGUCAAUGAGACUCAAAUCAACCAGGUGCUAAGGAGCCUUCUGGAUAUUAGGAGGAGCACAUCCUUCAGUAGCAGCUCGCCACCACUCCUCCCUGAGCCUCCAGGUCUCAGAGACUCUCCUCAUCAGCCGGCCCCAGAGGCAGAUCUUCGCAUUGUCAUGUGCUUAAUGUGUGGAGACUCUUAUGACAUUGAGCAGCUCUUGUCCCCUUUCCUAAUGCAUCAGCACUGCAGGCCCAUGUCUAAUUGUGGCACCUCUGUAUUGCUAGAGCAGACUGUUGGUGGACACAAGCUGGCUAUAGAGCUCUCUCUGCUCUCCUACCAUGCCUCUUUCACUUUGCGGAAGAGCAGGUUGGUACAUGGCUACAUCGCUGUGUACUCUGUCACCCGGAAAGCUUCUCUGGAGACCCUGUGUGCAUUCUUGUGCGAGGUCCAGGACAUCAUCCCAGUCCAGCUGUUGGCAGUGGGGGAUAGCCAGGCAGAGCUCACUGAUAGUGACUAUGCCCGUGAACAGCAGAUCCAGGGAGAGGAGCUAGCCCAUGAAAUUGAGGGUCGCUUCAACAGCGUGGUUUGUGGAUCUGGGGGUGUGGUAGGAGGCCUGCACAGGAUAGAAAUGUUCCAUCCUUUUCUGAUGGAGGUAGUCGAGAAACGCAACAUUGUGGAAGCCACACACAUGUAUGACAAUGUUGCUGAAGCAUGCACCAAUGAAAAUGUGUACUCCCCACGCUGCAGUUCUCCCAGUCCUGUCACUAUGUUCCUGGAUUCAGAGGAUGAUGUAGAGCCAUCGCCACCGUACUAUGAUGGCACGCUCACUUCUCAUAGUGGGGGCUUCAACCUGCCUGACUUAGAUUCCAGUGACAUAUCUGUCAUCUCUGAUAUCAGAGAUUUUGAGAACAAACUCAACAACAAAUUACCGCCCCAGGUGAGAGUGAAACCGGGUGUCACUUUUGACUUCCGGAAGGUGAGCCGCAACCCAUACAUAGAUACACUGGGUCACCGUCGAUCCCUGCCCUCUGCUGUAACCUGGGUUCCUGGUGGGGAUGUGGGUUAUGAUCCAUCAGACUAUGCUGAACCCAUUGACGCUGUUUCAAAACCACGUCCUAGCAAUGAAGAAAUCAUCUACUCAGUGCCACAUGACAGCACACAAGGCAAAAUCAUCACCAUCCGCAACUCCAACAGGAUGCACUCCAAUGGAAAUGGCUCAGACAGCGAAGCGGACAGCAGCUCCCUGGAGCGAAGGAGGAAGUUCUCAGCAGCGGGGGUCAAGCCUCGCCUUUACCGGGACCGUUCCAAACGUCUUGGCAAGUUCAGCAGCUUUCGCACAAGCUUCAUAGGCAGCGAUGAUGAGAUGGGAGCUCUACCAAAGUCCAAGGAAGAUGACUUUGGGACCCUGAAAGGCGAAAGUCUGGUUAAUGAGGAGAGUGAAGACCCAAAAAAGAGGAACAUCCUGAAGAGCCUGCGGCGAACAGCCAAGAAAACAAGACCAAAGGCCCGUCCAGCUAUUCCCAAGCCCAUUGAGAGCAUCUACUUUGGGGUUCCCCUAGUGAAUGUGGUAUCUCCAGACAGACCUAUACCACUCUUCAUCGAGAAGUGUGUCCGCUUCAUUGAGACAACAGGCCUGAAUACAGAGGGUUUGUACCGUGUAAGCGGGAACAAGUCAGAGAUGGAAAGCAUGCAGAGGCAGUUUGAACAGGACCAUGGAUUAGACCUAGUGGAGAAAGACUUCUCCAUAAACACUGUGGCUGGAGCCCUCAAAAGCUUCUUCUCUGAGCUGCCUGAGCCCCUGGUGCCUUGUGCUCUGCAGGUGGACCUAUUGGAUGCUUUCAAAAUCAAUGAUAGAGAACAGAGGCUGUACACCAUGAAGGAUGUCCUGAGGAAGUUCCCCAGGGAGAAUUAUGAUGCCUUCAAAUAUGUAGUGAGCCACUUACACAAGGUGAGCCAGCUGAGCAGGGUGAACUUGAUGACAAGUGAAAACUUGUCCAUCUGUUUCUGGCCCACUCUCAUGAGGCCAGACUUCUCCACUAUGGAUGCCCUGACUGCCACACGCACCUACCAGACAAUCAUCGAGAGCUUCAUCCACCAGUGUGCAUUCUUCUUCUACAACCAGCCCUUCCUCGACUCCCCCACUGGCCUAGCAGGCCUCCCAGCCUCACCCACCACCACCCUAAGUGGGAGCUCUGCCUACUCUUGCUACCGCUCCUCUCCUCCCCACACCACCACGCACUUCAGCCCCCUGCAGCAGUCCCCGCCCACCACCCCCCAGUCUCCCCUGCAGUCUCUGCUCCCUCCCCUCCACCAGCACCCCCACUCCCACCACUCCCCUGCUGAACAGGAGACACUGUGAGAGACUAUGAAACCACGUGUGCCCAUGAUGAUGCUGGACCUUAUCACCAACCCACACACACACACACACAGUCACACACACAGUCAUACAAACACAAAACCCAUGUGCACUUGCACACUACAUUUUUGAUCAUGGACAACGUAGAUUAUGAAGAGAGGGGAUAGGAAGUGUCUGAGAAACUUCCCCAACCUGUUAUUUGUAUCCAUUCUUGUGCUCAUCUGGGUAGGCUACCAUUACCAGUGACUCUACCUCUGCCCUCUGAGACCCUGAUCUUCUGGAAUUUGACAUCAGGUCCUAAGUGGAGGACAGAUGGCGCUGUCACUGCAAGUCUCUCUUCUGUCAGCCACCACUUCCUACCCUACCAAGAAAUAGAAACCUCUAUGCCAAGCUGGAAGACAUAAUUUGUGGCCACCAUGUUUUUAUCUGUGUAAAACUGUUUUAGUUUUUUUUUUCUCAUGAAAGUACUGCCACUGGAUUUAUAGACCGUUCCUCUGUAGGUCCUUUGGGCAGCAGUUUGCUCCAUAGCAGAGGUUCUCUGUGUCUGCCUUUGGGCUUUCUCUCAUCGGCUCUACUUGAGGGGUCAGCAUGGGGAGGGAAGGGAAAGGGAAAGGAGGGGUGGGUGGGGGGUGGGGUACACAUCCAGGGAUGCACUUUAAUGAUCACUGUUGUUUUCCCUCAAAAAGUUUUUUUGAACAUACUGUUUUCUUGUGUGUUUUUAAUUUCACAGCUCAAACAGCCAUACCCAUUGCCUCUACAGAGCUCUGGCAGAUCAAACUUUGUUUACAUCAAACUUGUUUUUGUAUCCACAAACUUAUCUGAAGCACUUUUUGAUAGUGUAGUGUUCAAUUUGAAGAAAUGCCGCAUUGAUUAAUUGUCCAUAUUAUUUUGGGGUGUUUUUUUUUAGUGGUUGAGUGUGGCAUCAGCACAGGCUUGUGAAACAAGAUCCUUUUGUAAAAACUUAUGUUCUUUAAGUUGAUCCAAAAGACCCUUUUUAGGUUGAUAGGAAUCUACUCGUAUUCCUCAUUCAUCCAGCCAUGUGAAAAAUAGCUUUCUUUUAGCGUUUGUCCUCUUUCUAGCUGUCAGUCGAUCAGAUUGGAGUUUAGGGAAGUUUGGUUUAACUAAGCCGUUAUAAUACCAGUGAAGACUUUGCCUGCCAUCAGUCAAGUGAAGGAGAUAUUUUUCCAUUUUUCCAUUUUUCCAUUUUUGAAUGUGUAACCUCGUCAUUCCAUAACGUUGCAAUCUAGUGUCCAUGGAAACCACACGCUUGAAACAUGAUAGGUUGCUGGAUGUGUUGCCGUGGCUGUCUAUCAAACCAAGCUCUUUGUAUUCAUCUAAUAUUAAGGACCUUUAACUCAGAAGGUUUAGUAUUCUUGACGUACUAUUACCACUAGUCCUGCUAUACAAUACGAUGACCAGUAGGAAACUGAAUAUUUGUGGAAGGGGCACAUUUCAGGAAGCACCACCUGCCAUUUACCUGCUCUAGUGAAGUAGUAGUUUCGUGCUGGCAUAUUGUCCUCCCUGUCAUGGAAAACAAGCAGCACUUUUUCAGUGGUAGCACGGUUAAUGAAGACCUAUGAUUUUAACCCUUAAACUAGUAAACAAGUAAAAAAAAAAAAAAAAAUGGAAAAAAA